AAUUAAUUUGUUUUUAAAUUUUCACCACAAUUUUAUAAUUUUGCUUUUAUACAUUUUAUUAUUUUAAUAUAAACUCCGAAACUCGAGUCGUCGACUAUCAACAGAUUUAUAGUCGCGAGUUCACGAUUGCUUGUAAUUUCUGAUGAUUCUUGGAAUAGAGUGUUCAGAGAUGACUAAAUUUUGUUUGGAAUGGAAUGUUCAGAGAUGACCAAAUUUUGUUUGGAAUGGUUUAUUUAGUUCAUUGUAGUUUUAUAAAAAUAAGUAUGAAAUGUCCUAAACGUAGAUGACCACAACAAACCGUUGUCACUAUGAAGUGUGUUAUACCCAGACAGAAUUUGAAAAUUCUGUCACGAGCAUUAAACACAAUGUGUCGAAUUGGGGAAGAUUUAUAUAUUGAGCCCAAUUCAUCACAAUUAGUCAUGCAUACUACCAAUAGUUGGCACACCGUAUAUGCAUGGUUUACAUUUGAUUCGUCAUUUUUUUCUAGUUAUUAUUUUACUGAAGACGACGAACAAAACAGUGAAAAUUCAUUAAAAUGUAAAAUAUCUCUCAAGUCAUGUAUUACAAUAUUCAAAUCUCCACAUUUAUCCCGUUGCUUGGAAUCAUGUCAUAUGGAAAUUAAAAGUAAUGCUGAUACAAUAACUAUUCAGUUACGCUAUUCAAAUUUUUGUGUUAAAACUCAUUUGAUACCAGUUCUAGAAUACUCAGCAUUACAGGUAAAUCAGAAUGUCGAUACAUGUCAUGUACUUUGUAUUGACUCCAAAGUGUUGUCAGCUGCUGUUAAACAUUUUCAAAACAGUGAAACAGACAUUACAUUAAUUGUGACUACUGAAAAAGUGAUACUAAAAACUCAUCCAGAAUCUUGUCGAGAUAUAAGACAAAUGUUAAGAACUGAAUUAAAUUUGCAAUCAUCAGAAUUUGAUGUUUAUGAUGUUGGCAAAGGCUGCUGUAUAACAUUUUCUCUUAAAGAAAUACGACCUCUAUUGGCUUUUGCAGAGCACAUGACAUUACCAGUUAUUAUUCGUUUUAGUUCUCCUGGAAUGCCCAUGGUAUUUGGACUUAAAAACGGUUUAACAUUUGAAAGCCAGUACAUAUUAUCAACAAUGAAUGAUAGUGCACUAUCAGGAGAUGCUAAUUCCAUACGUUUAAAUAUUAAUGCCAUUGAUAACACUCAGAGUAGUAAUGGGAAAUCAGAAAAUUUAUUAUCCAAUAUAAAUCAUACUCAAAUAGCGAGUUCUAGUUUACGAACUCCAAUGCGAGUACAAGUUGAGUAUCCAGAUAGUAUUUCUAGAAAACGCAAACAUCAGUCAAGUAAUCAACAACAGUCAAAAAUAGCCAAUUUAGUCAGUUCUAAUUCAUUAAUUGAACAGUUCAGAGAAGAAUGUAUAGAAGAAGAUGUUUUAUUAUCUCAGGUUGCUGAUUUUCAUGUUGAUAAUGAGCCAAUUAAAAAAUAUGUCAAUGAAAAUAGUAAUUUAACACAAGAAUUUUCUGACACAGCACUUGUGUUUGCCAGAUGUCAUUCGUUACCUGUUAGAAAUUCUCCUAUUAAAGGAAAAGGGAAAGUUCUAGUGUAUGAUUCAGAUGGACUUAUAGAUGAUUCUGAUUAAUUAUUGUACCUACCAAUUAAAUCGUUAAAAAACAAACUUUAA